CAGACUGAAAGCAGACAGGCAUUCAGAACGUGUUGAGCUUCUCUGCUUUAUCAAGGUUAUGUUAGAAAAUAUAUCUCGGAUUGCGAUAAAUGAAGAGAGGAUUAAAAAAAAGUAAAAAGUGAAAAUUAGCACGGGAUUUAAAUUAUUCCACCUGACGGCGGUAAAUUGCUUUAAAGUUUUUUUUUGGUUCGUUGAAAUAUAUUCAUUAUAAAAAAGUGUCGCUGUACGGGAUGAAAUAAAACUUAAAGUGACUUGAGAGUUUGCAAAUCAGGAGGCCUGCAUGCGUUUAAAGCAAGAAUGAACAGAAGAUGCUCACCGAGACUCAGAAGAAAGCUGUUCUUUCGUUCACUCUGGUCACUGCUGACACUAUGUGUACUGCUGCUGGUCGGAGUGGAGUACCGCAACAUCACCGAUCCUCUACCUCCCCAAGCAGCUUUAGAUGGCAUCCAGGCAUAUCAAAAGUACAAUAUUAACUGUCUGGCUAUUUAUGACAUGGACCCAGUGGAAGUGGGUAAAUCACUUGUCAUCAGACGGGAACAAGUUGUGGAGGACAACGAUGAAAGUCUGGUUAACCUCACAUCGAACUGCCCAUUAUUCAUCAAGGCCAGAGGUUAUGAUCAGGUGCAUGUCUCAAAGCAGGAGAGAGACUUUCCUCUUGCUUACUCAAUUGUUGUGCAUAAAUCUGCAUUGAUGAUAGAGAGACUCCUCAGAGCGGUGUACUCGCCCUCUAACAUCUACUGUAUCCACUACGAUCAGAAGUCCUCAGAAAAGUUCAUCUCAGCCGUGGAGGGUUUAGCCCGUUGUCUACCUAAUGUCUUCAUAGCCUCCAAGCGAGAAUCUGUUUAUUACGCCAGCAUCAGUCGAUUGAAAGCAGAUCUCCACUGUCUCUCUGACCUUUUGAAGUCAGAAGUCCAAUGGAAAUAUGUCAUCAACCUCUGUGGCCAAGAUUUCCCCCUAAGGUCCAACUUCGAGAUAGUGUCAGAACUGAAGAAGUUAAAUGGAGCCAAUAUGCUGGAGACAAGCAGGCCUAGUGAAUUAAAGAAGCAAAGGUUCACCUUUUCCUACAAGCUGAUGGAUGUCGGAAAAGAGUUUCAAAAGCUGCCACACAAAACAGAGCAGGAGAAGACGCCACCUCCACAUGGCAUCGAGAUGUUCAUCGGCAGUGCCUACUUUGUCUUGUCAGAGGAGUUUGUUGUGCACAUAGAUUCCUCAGCUGUGAUGAAGGAUUUUUUAGCCUGGUCAGAGGACACCUACUCUCCAGACGAACACUUCUGGGCAACACUUGUGCGCCUGCCAGGAGUUCCUGGAGAGGUGCACAGAUCCCAGCCCGACAUCACCGACCUCAUGAGUAAGGCCAGGCUGGUGAAGUGGCAGUACCUGGAGGAUAGACUGUACCCUCAAUGCUCGGGGAAACACGUCCGCAGCGUUUGCAUUUUUGGUGCCGGCGAGUUGCGUUGGUUACUCAACUAUGGUCACUGGUUCGCCAAUAAGUUUGACCCAAAGGUGGAUCCCAUUGUUAUUCACUGCCUUGAGGAGAAGCUGGAGGAAAAUCAAAAAGUAAUUUCAAUCUGCAGCACCUAAUUCCCGACAUAAGGGUUAAACAAAGCUAAACUUUUUUGAGUUUUCAGAUAUUUGCUGAUCUAUCUUCUAUCUGGGCUGCCUGUUCUGCUUUUAACACAAGAGUAAUGAUAAUUAUGGCGUACAAACAGACAAACAUACUUAGCGAAGCUGUUGUGUAUAGCAUCUGCAAAACUCAUGUGCAAUGUCCUCUGAUUGUCUUUGCAGAAUUAUCUCAGACAGUUUUUUGUUUUGGACAUUAAUAUGCCAAUGAUUUGCCAUUUUCAUGCGCAAGGUUUUGGAUUUUGGACCCAUUUGGUGCAGCCAAAGAAAAGCCUCCUCUGAACCUCCCUAAAUGUCCCCAUUGCCUGUAAAAGCAGUCCCUGAACAGGAUGAAGUCCCUGUCUGAAAGGGAGCUUUUAGGCCCAUGCGACACAUUUUAGCAUGCAUUAACGGCUUGAUUUUAUCUGCAGUUUCAAAAUACAAGUUUAACCAUUACCUGUAGUAAAAAGAAACACCACAAAAAAAAGAUUUACCUUGCUCUAACAUCUUGUGUAGAACAUGGACGUAGGUAGUUUAAAAUAAGGUGAGAAAUAGUCACAGUCUAUUUCACAGUCAAAGUCACAAUUUCCGCGUCACAUAAUGUGGGAGACCCACAGAGAUUCAACUUUAGUCUGAACUACUGAGAUUUGCUCCAUAUUAGCCCAAUUCCACAGAUUUAUGACAAAGAGGGUGUUAUAAAAGUGUCAAAAUGUCUAAUGUUGAAGAAAGACUACAAUAUCUUAUAGUGUGUCAUGUGUGCAUACUGUUUUUAUAGCGUGCAUGUGUCAUUAUAAUACUGUUAUUAUUAUUUUAUGUGGGAAAAAACGGCAACAUCUGACAAUGACAGUAGGAGGACUGACACAAUGCAAGCAAGUAGAAUGAUGGGAAAUGUACUUGUGAUGAUGGUGAAGAACAGGCUUAUAGGUUGGGAACACAAACACAAAUCCAAGGAGGACAACAACAAAAAACAGGAACAGGCUCAUGCUCAGCUGUGUGCAAAGCAAAGGCAUAACUAUUGGUAGCACUCUGGCUUUGAAUGAGUGGAAAUGGGUCAGGUUUUACCACAGGGCUGAUGAGGGAAAGAGGAUACAGGUGAGCAGGUGAGAGAGUACUGAGGACCUCUGGUGGAUGGUUGGCACAAUGUGGAUGGACAAUAUGUGCCAGGUUUUACUUAAAGAGAACUGUCAAGAGGUUCACUGUGACAAUUGAGAAGAAGAGGACUCUUUAUUUAUCCCCUGGAAAUUGAGUUUGUUCACUCUGGUGCUAAAUGUACACAGACACACAUGGAAAGGGCCUAUAAGGUCUGGCUGUAUUGGUUGUAUGACUUCAGUGGAUUUUUCUACAUGAAUAAAGAAGCCGUAGUGAGAAUAAAAGAAGUUUAGAAGUAAAGGGACAGUAAAAUAAACAUUAAACACGUUCUGUUCUAGUGUACACCACAUGCCUUACCUCAUCCUUUUUCCUUAUUUAAGAUUACUCUUAAUCUGAACACAGUGUCUAGUUUCUUGUUUCUUCCCAUUUCUAUCUUUGUAGCAAUGUUUCUGUCCUAAGUUGUCCUAUGUCGAUACUUAAACAAUUUAAGUAAUUUGUCCUGAAUCAACUAUACGUCUGCUGUAAACAAAUUAAAAAAGGUAAAUAACA